AUGUUGUCCAACGACAGUGACUUUGACCUGACCAUUCGCCAGCAGCCCGACCGGGCGCGCGUGGCUGGGGGCAAGGAGAAAGAGCGCAAACCCAUCGAUCCUCCGCCGAUCGUACAGCUUCGGGUGCGACCAGAGGACUCCUACCUAGCGCAUCUGUACGAUGCCUCAGAUGAUCGUCCAGUGCCCGUCGCUCCAUCGACUGCCUUGGCAGGAACGCUGGUCUCGUCCCUUCACCGUCUAAAAGACGUGGACAACAGUGAUGGUGGCUUCUUCGUCUUCGGAGAUCUGUCGGUGAAGAUCGAGGGUGAAUUUCGUCUCAAGUUUACCCUGUACGAAAUGCGCAAGCAAAAUGUCGUGACCCUGAAGACCAUCAUCUCAGACCGAUUCAAAGUUUCGCCUCCCAAGAACUUCCCAGGGAUGAUGGAAUCUACUUUUCUUUCGCGCUCGUUUGCAGACCAAGGUGUGAAGCUGCGCAUUCGCAAGGAGCCGCGUACCAUGAUGAAACGUUCUGCGCCUCGACCGGACGAGUUCCCACAGGCCCUUCCUCCGCGGUCGCCAGAUCGUCAGCCCGUCCAGGGAAUCCCCCCCAUCGACAGGUUUCAGUGGCUAUCCAACGGCGGCGAGAUCAGAUUAUGGCUAUUACCAACAACCUCCCGUCAAGCGUCACCGCACCUCCAUCGACUACGGAUCCUACCAAACGCCAACGAUGGGGGGGGCUACUCAGGCAGCCAAGUAAUGCCAGAUUACGGAAUGGUCUAUGGGAUGCCGCCAUCAGCUCCACUGUCCCAGAUGGCCGAUCCCUCCGGGCAAGCUCGCACCAGCCAGCAGAACGCGGCCGUGGGACAGUUGAUGGCGAUGAACCAGUCUGGCACACCUGUACGGCACCCCUCUUCAAAUCAGGAUACCCCCGGUCCGCCUACGCCACGAGUACGAGCUCGACUACCCUCCCCCCCGCUCCAACGGAAUCUCAAUCGCAGUUAUCCGAGUCUUAAUGGGAGUCCGAGGGAAUAUUACGAUCCGGCUACGGCUGGCUCGCCCUCGGGCACUCCGAUCCUCCCUUCUCAGAUGGGUCCCGAAGGCACCGCGGCCGGCUCUGCGCCCUUCAAAUUUGACCAUCCGGAUUCGGCGAAUGGGACCCCUCGAUGA